GCAAUUUUAUUUAGUUCGCACAUUAAUAGGCUAAGCAAAAGUUGUCGCGUUCAUUGACAAUAGCAGUGUGUACCUCCUUUUUUUUAAAAAAAGAAAGAAAAUAUAUGCAAAAUAUCUCCAUACAAAAAAAUGGGCUUCCCUUUACGAAGUUUCAGUUGGAUAACUGCCAUUAUUUACAUGAUAUUCAGUGUAAUUGGUGCGAUUUUAUUUGCGUUUUUCCUGGCUAUUCCAAAAGAUGAAGAAUUUGUGGAAGAAUUCGGGGAGGUAAAUAACUGGCUGAUUGGUUUGGUAGUUGUGCUUCUCAUCUACUGUCUCUCUGUGUUUGGUACCUCCAUUGCCCUAAUGGUUGGUCUAAAACAGAAUCGUCACGAACUUAUGAAGCCCUUCAUUUAUAUCGUCUAUGCGGGUAUUUUGCUCACCAUAUCGAUAUCGGUUCGACUUUUCUUCCGUGGCCUGAGGAAGCAUAAACCAGCUGGUAGUCUAGCAUUGGAUCUCCUUAGCGAUUUGGCAGUUUGCGCUGUUCAAGGAGUUCUGCUUUACCCCGUUUACGAGCUAUACAGGAAGCUUAAGGAUUAUGAAACGGAAACCGUGCCAGAGCAAUACACCCUCAGCAAUAAUGAGCCAGUCCAUAAGCCCUACUAUCCCAUACAGCAAGGAGGCGCUUAAGAGAACUUAAUAAAUCGAGCUUGAAAAGAGCUCUUUCCAUUAGGCAUAUAGUGCGUGUAGGGAAGGCAGAACGAAAGUCAUGCCUAGUUGUUAUUUGUUACCAACAGAAAUAUAAUUCAGUGAAUUUUCCAA